CACGAUUGUGCAACCGGAAGUUGAUUAUAGAAUUCGUUUUGCGUUGUAAUUUUUUGGGGGACUCGCACAGGGACAGAGAAACUGAUUAUAAACUUGGGCAGUUUGCGUUGUUUUUUCGUUUCUUCUAUUGGAUCGAUUUUCAGAAGUCAUUCGCAGUAUUUGAACCAUGUGGCAGAUCGGUUAUAAUUGCAGAGCAGAGUAGCGUCAAAGCGAUUAGUGCAGUAGGUACGUUUGCCUUUGCUUGCUGUCAGCUCGUAUUAAAGUAGAUAAGUGCGAUCGGGAAUCGGAAAGAUCCUGAAGUCUGCUGAUCUCUUUGAAACGAGAGAAAAUCUAGCUUUCGAGUGAAGUGAAAUUGGUAAUGGGGGCGCACAGGAGUGAGGGACGCAGAGAGUGGCUUCAGCAGGACGCUGGGGAGCAGCAGCAGGUUCAGACCAUGAACCCUUGGAACAUCAUGAUCAAGCACAGACAGGUGCAGCGCAGGGGUAGGCGCUCCCAGAUGGCUGUAAGUUAUACAGAUCCUGUCAUUUCUAUGGACCUCUUGCGAACUGUGCUACAGUCCAGCUUUAACGAUGACAUAUUGGCAGUCUUUAAAAAAUACAUGAAGUUUUUUGAGAAGGCAGCAAGCAACGUGAAGGAGAACGUGGGGGAGGAGGUUCAGACGGAUCAGCUCAUCAAAGAGGCUUGUCGAAACUGCUUAGAGCACGCCAAGCAGCUCUUUCCUGAUGCAGAGAAAACUACACGACCUGUUUUUGAUCCAUCUAUAAAGCGCUCACGGCAGAUGGAUGAUGAUUCCAGCCAAAGAGGAAGCCCAAUCCCUAAAAAGAGGAAAGGCCGUCCCCCUCUGCCCACUCUACCUUAUGACAGAAAUGUAACGUACAGUACUCCGAUUAAACCCAAAAUAGUCGAGCCCAUAAAGCGGGAGGGACCGAAGUGGGAUCCCGCCCGGCUGAGUGAAAAAAGCACAUUUGUUUUAGGAUCCAGGGCGAACAAAGCUUUAGGGAUGGGAGGCACCAGGGGAAGGAUCUAUAUUAAACAUGCAGAUCUCUUCAAGUAUGCUGCUGAUGCUCAGGAUAAGCAGUGGCUUGCAGAGAGGCAACAUAUGAGAGCCACAGGUGGAAAGAUGGCAUAUCUUCUUAUUGAAGAGGACAUCCAAGACCUUGCCCUGAGUGAGGAAUAUAAAGACUGUCCUGAAUUGAGAUUGGAUGAAUUAAAGCCCUUUAUGGUUCCUGUCUGGAUGGUGGAGAAGAUGCAAAAGACAAUGGAUGCUCAGAGAUCCGAGAAGGAUUAAAAGAAAUUUGGAGCUUGGCACCAUUAAAUUUUUAGGGUACAAAUGCUGAUUUAGGAUCAACACACUGUCCAACAUACUUUUUAAAAGAUUAAUAGAUGUAUUUCUUUCGUAAAUGGCAAUAAGAACCGAUCCCAGGUCUGUUGUCUCGCUCUGAUCCAUAAGAUUCCCAAUGGCAUAGUUAGUCUGCUUCUGAAAGGGACCAGGCCAUGCACAAUGAAAAGAAUCUCAGUCAGAUUUUCCAUUAUUUUUAUUUCUGUGAAUGUUUUGCAUUUGUUUGUUUGUUUUAAUUACACAAUAGACACUGGCCUUGGAAUCAAGCUUAGCAAUUUUUACUUUGUGUGCAAAUAGAUGCUGGAAAUGUGUGAACUGUUAGGGUUUAUUAAACUCAGUAUUAUUAGAGAUUAUAUCAGACAGAUUUUUUUUUCUUCACAUUAAUCACAAAAGUAGCUUUAAAUAUCUGUGUAUAUACAGCAUGUAUUUUCUUACACGGGUUUUUUAUGGGAGGUUGUCUGCAUAUGUAUGCACUCACUGAUCUUGUUUUGAGUACUUUGCCCUCUUUAGUUAUAUGGAAGCAUUUUGACAGCCUGUAAAAGGUUUUAACAGGAUACCAGAGAAGCUCCCCCCCCCCUCCCAUGUACACAAAAAGGGAAUUCAAUUAACUUAUUCCUACUUAUUUUUAGUCAGGGUAAAAUGUUUAGGGGGAAAGGAAAUGUAGCUGUAGUGUAGUAAUAAGAUGUCCAACAUUUUAUGACUUGUGUCCCCGUUUGGUGGCUGAAUGAGAACAGUAUUUGACAAUUACAUGUUUUACAGAAAAAUGGUGGGAAAUGUAAGUUAUUUUGAAACAAAAAAAAAAUACAAUUAAAAAAGCUUUUGUUGUGGGAAAUACA